AUGGACGCUGCAACUCUUUUUGACGUCAAGGGCAAAGUUGUCUUGGUUACUGGCGGUGCAAAGGGUAUCGGUCGAUCGAUAUCUGAAGGCUUUGUUGCAAAUGGAGCAAAAGUAUACAUAUCGUCGAGAGAUGUCAAGGCAUGCGAGAAAGCCUGCGAAGAAUUAAACGCAUUAGGCAAAGGCAGCGCACACGCCAUCCCCGCCGACUUCUACAAAGUCGAAGAUUGCCAGCGCAUGGUCGACACCCUCAAGAAACUCGAGCCGAAGCUACACGUCCUGGUCAACAAUUCCGGUUCGAACUGGGGGGCUCCCUACGCCGAGUUCCCCGACUCGGCAUGGACCCGAGUGCUGACUCUCAACCUGACCCGCGUCUUCACCAUCACGCAGCUCGUGACGCCUCUCCUUGAAGCCGCUGCCACGCCCGGCGAUCCUGCGCGCAUCAUCAAUAUCGGCUCUGUGGAUGGUGUACGGGUCCCUGAGCUCGAGACGUUCAGUUAUAGUGCGAGCAAAGCGGGGUUACAUCAGUUGAGUCGAGUGCUGGCGAAUCAUCUUGGGAAACGGAAUAUUACGUCCAAUGCGUUAGCGUGUGGGCCCUUCCAGAGCAAGAUGAUGGCUGCUACCCUGAAGAAUUUCGGGGACGUGAUUGUGAGCGGGAUUCCUCUAGGGAGGAUAGGAAGCCCUCAGGAUAUAGCCGGGGCUUGCUUGUUCUUGUCUAGCAAGGCGGGUAGCUAUGUUAACGGCGCAUUAAUUGCCUUGGAUGGUGGGACAUUGGUGGCGUCCAAACUUUAG